GUGGGAGUAGAGAAGAAAUUUCAAAAAUUGGAGGGGGGUGUUUUGUUGGGUUUUUUGUUUUGUUUUUGUUUUUGUUUUUGUUUUUUUGGUGCACUUUUGGCCCCAUCCAUAAGGCCCUGGGGGAGCUAAGGUAGUGAAUUUAACAAUUUACAUUUUCCUUAUCCCAUAGAAACCUCAUAUAAAAAAUAUUAUCAUUUAGCCUUGUCGAAGUUUUCAGGAAGAAAUAAAAAAUGUAAAAAAUGUUAACAGAUAGUCCACCCACGGCGACGAACGAAGACCAACACCACUAGUUCACCGGAGUGACUAGAGUGACCUAAAACUGCAGCAAAAACUAAUCAGGUCAAUCAGGACAUUGUACUAUCAGGAUAUUAUACCGUGCUGGGCUUCCGGUUUGAAAACGAAAUCACGAAAUGGAGUAUGUUUGCUAUCAUCCUGCUGAUAACUGGAACCAGAAACAUUAACUUUCCAGGAAGAGGAAGCUUUAACAAAAUGACACCUGAAAGUAACACCUAAUUUAAAAGCAGGAGGAAAAAAUGAUUACGUGAUCUGUUUAUCUAUACAAUAUAUAUUUAUUAUUAUAAUUUAAGUUGCAAGAAGGCAUACAGAGUUUUCUGUAAAAUUCAACAGUAAUGUAGAAGUAUGAGAAAGUUGGAUACUGAGUGAUCACCAUGGUGAUUCUGCACGUUUGCGUAGGAUUACUGUUACUGAUUGGAAUUCAGACUAUAGCACAAUCAUGUCCUGGUCCUGCAGGGUUGUAUAUCAAGAGGGGAGUAAAUACGUACUGCAAGAAAAUAUACAAUUGCAAACCAGGACAUGAAAUAAAACCCUGUGAUAAGACUUGUGAGGAAGAGAAAUGUGUCCCAUGUCCACAGUCAAAAGCACAGCCUUUCCUUAGCCACUCAGAUGAACACAGACAUUGCUUUUUACCUGAGAGACGGUGUAAUAACAGAGAUACCAUUCCAAUAGAAAAUGGGACUUUCUCCCCUAGCUGUGCUGUGCAGAAAUUUUGUGAAUGCAAUACCAGCAAAUGUUUUUAUGGGAAUCCUUGUAUAUGUGAAAGAAAUUUUGAACCAUGUGGAGUGAAUGAAGAGAUGAAUGCAGAAGGAGAGUGUGUGAAAUGCAAGGAAGGAUAUGUGAAGCCAUAUACAGGUUGUGAUCAAUGUGAGAGAAUAGUUCCAACACCACCACAAGUUAACAUCUCAACCACCAUAGUAACCCAUAAACCUAGCCAUUCCACAACAAUCACACAAAAACCAGCAAUAACCAGUGUUAACAGUGAGUCACCAGAAACAACAGCAGUCGCACAGGAACCAGUCGUUACGAAGAACCCUUCCGAAGUGAAAUCUCUGCCACAGUCAGAGAAUGGUGGAACUACUCUUAUCAUAAUAUUUCUAGUGGUUUUUGCAGUUCUUGUCUGUGCAAUUAUAGUUAUAGUGCUGCUUAUACGUAAAUAUGGAAGACGUCGAUUUCUAGCAAAAAUUUGCAGAGAGAGAGGGCCACCUGAUGCAGAAGCCAGAGGAAGAAACCAUGAAAAUGGUGAUGUACGGCUUGUCGAUCAUGAGAUACAUGUUGACCAGGAACAGACUGUGAUUCGUGAAUCACUAAUGCGAAUGACGUCGUAUCCCAGCGACAGUGGUUAUGAACCACAUCAUCCCAGUCUGGACUCACAAUUAUCUCAGACCUCUCAUGUUUCCGUUUCGACACCAGUCCAGGCAACUGACAGUGGAGAUGACCUUCAUCCAUUGCUAAGAACGAUAAGCCAAGACCAUGAAGCCUCUACCUACACAGCAAUACCUAGCAUCUCCCCGGUGACUGGGCCCACUGAGUCACUUUCCCUUGGAACCGUCACACUGGACACACCUAGUACUGUGGGGUCUAUGAAUGUAUCGGACAUCAUCCCAGAAGAAAUCAAUAUAGAUGUGAAAGGAACCAUUCCAACACAUGACCGGUACAUUACAGAUGAGAUACACACUGGACAUGACGAAAACAGAGUGAGACUCGGUCGCACGGCCGCAGAAAAUGAAGAGGACACCGAGGAAAAGCGUAAACCAGCCAUUGACAGUCUUCAGUUCCAAAAACAGUUCUCAUAGUGCUACACAAGACACAUUGUGCUAUCAUCCAUUUCAUCAACGACAAUAAUUCUAAACAUGCAUAUACACUUAUGUUGACGUAUACAUACAUGUAUAUUGGCACAAUCACAGCUUUUUACGUUUUCAACGUAAAUGCAGAAUAAUGAAAUUUUAAUUGGGAAUUGAACUUUGUUGAACUUCCUCAGGCCAUCACGUGCUGUGCACAUGAAUACAUUGCAUGGGACUGUUGUGUGGGCCCCUUCACAUCCUUGUUUUGUUUUGAAAACACUUGUCCCAAAAACAAUAUAAUGCUAUAUUCAAAAGCUAAAAUUUAAAACAAAGAGAGCUUAUUUCAAAUUAAUAGCACUAUAUAAACAGAUAUGUUCCUUUCACAAAGUAAUGGAAAAAGAUGUAUUCAUGAGAGUUUGUAAACAAGCAUUGCACGCUCAGCACUAUAUGGAAAAGUCCUUAGUUGUUUAGAAGGGUUGAAGGCUAAGACAUACUCCAUAACAUGCCCAAGUCUCUGUAUAAGAUCAUUGAAUCAAUAUUAGCUGCACAGAUUUAGUGGGAAAAAAUAAAUAUUGAAUUUUAUUUCAAAACACCAGCAUAAUUAUUUUGGAUACAUACAGUAAUUGAUUUUGUUUUUUGGUCGUCUGAAAAAAAAGUUUUCUCCCAGGAGUACAUUUUGUACUUUGAUUUUGAUAGUGCUGUUAGGAACUGGAUGCACAAUUUGUAGUCAAUUUAUGCAACAAGGUUUGUUAGUAAGAGCAUUCAAAUAUGUACACUGCUGUUUACAGUGUUCAUUCUCAAUGUGUGAAGCUGUUCAUAGAUUUACUGGGACAAUGAUUUUGGACUUUUGGGGAUUUAAAACUAUUUGAUUUUUUAAAUCUGACUCCUGCAUAUGAGAUAAAAAAAUUUUUUACAAGUUCGAACAAUAAAAUAUACAUGUAUUGUAACUUUCAGCCAGUCCGAAUUAAUUUGAUGGCAGACAAAAAUCUUUUUUCAUCAACAGUAUUCAAAAACUCUACAUAUGAGUUAUCGAUUAAUUAAUGUUACAUGGAGAUGACUGUUGAAUUUUCAUGCCAGUUUCAUUAAUUUUAUUGGAUGAUGUACACUUGAGUAAAAUGUGAAGUUUUGCCCUCCAGAGAUAUAGAGAGACUUGAUUGUGUUUUGUAGAUUUUGUGACUCGAGUAUUAGUGGAAACAGUCCCUGUAUCUUGUGUCUGUGAUUGGUUCGUGUGUGGCUUACAUCAUCAGAUUAAUUAGGCUUAUAUCAUCAGAUUAAUUAGUUCUUCUCUUUGCAAUGUCAAUGCCGUCUGCCAUCAUCUCCCUCCAAAGACUAUAUGCACAUUUAUUAUUAAUUAUAUAAAACAUGUAGAUCGUCUAGGCAGCCUUACCCCGAUUGUACACAAAUGGGUACUGCUGAUGUUGUGCACUUUGAAUGUGAGUUAUUGCAUUGCUGUUGAACCAUUCUUUGUAUCCAAGACAAGAGAUGUUGAUUUUUAUGUGAGUGGAUGCACUGUUGCUAAAAUACUUGGUGUUUGUUCUUGAAAAUGCUCAAUUUUUCAAAGGUUGUAGAUAUAAUAUUGAUAAGAUAGAAUUUUUUUUUCUAACCAAACAUGUCUGUGUAGGAUAGUAGAACCAAUACAAGUAUUGGUACUUUGUUUUGUUGGUCUGAGACUAAUACAUAGUACGUGUGUUUGAAGUAUACUAGUAGUGAGUUACUUGUGGUGUGAGUUUGUUGUAUAGCAUACUGGUAAGGAAUAUUAUAGAAUCUCUGUCUACAAUCGUAUAUAAAGUCCCCUUUUUCUUCAUUUUUCAGACAACAAUUUGUACAUGUAUCAUUAUCUUUAUAUCUCAUAAAUAUCAAUGGAAAUGUUUACAUCUCGUGUACAAAUACAGCCUUUCACCUUUUACAGGAAUUUUCUCAUACAAACGAGUUUCUUUUCUCUCACAAAGGCAGUCAUUUUGAUGUUUUCAGUUUUCAUUCUUCACAUUUUUUUUUCUUUGGGUAAAUGAGUACUUAUAGUAUUGAUUUAAAAUAAUGUGCCAUAUGAACUAGUUUAACUUCAAAACAGGACUGGGUUUUCAAAGUCAUGAAAAGCUUGUUAUGAAACUUUGCUAUUUUUUUUUUUAUUAUGAAUUUGUUAUAUUUGAAGUUUGGCAGUAUAACAUAAAGUUAAAAAAAAACUUCAUUUAAUUUUACAUUUGAAUGUAAACAGCUGUGCUUAACUACACAGACAGCAAGCACUGCCAUGUCCACACUAUGAUGAUAAAUUAGGAGUUUGCAAGAGAUGUGUAGGUGUGAAACAAUUUCUUUUAGUACUCUUGACAUUUUUAAAACUACAAUGUAACUAAAAAUUUUGGUACUUUCUUUCUUUUUAUACUUGUGAGGAAUGGUUACAAAAUGGCAUAUUAAAUUUAAUAGGAAGAGGACAAUUGUUUGUCCUAUAAACACUAACCUCAUCAGAGGCAAAAAUACCCAGUCUAGCAUUAUUUUUUUAGGAAAAUAUAUAAAAACAUCAAUUAAGCACAAUGUCUGUCAAUGAAUGUAAACACAAAUAAGGGAAAGGGUCCAGCUGUACAUUUACAGGACAGUGAUGUAGGGUUAAAAAAACUUAAUGUCCCUAGUUGCCAAGUUGUCAUACAUUAAAGGGUGAAACCCCAAAUUGUUGUCAAUGUCUAGUUAAUUCACAUAUAAUUGCCCCCACAGAAAAUAGGGCUUUUGGUGUAUUUCUCUACCAAGAUUCAAUAUCUCAUAUCUUUAAGAUUUUUGCAUACAAAUUGAAACAAAAUAAAUCAGCCUUUUUCAGAUUGAUAAGGUUGGCAACUGUGGCUCAAAUAUUCAGAAUAUAGUGUACUAUACCCUGGCAACCAUUUUCAUUUUGCAGCAAACCGGUGUACAACCAAUCUCCAAAGUGAACCUUUUUAGCUCACCUGAGCUGAAAGCUCAAGUGAGCUUUUCUGAUCACCCGUAUUCCGGUGUCCGUCUGUCUGUCUGUAAACUUUUAACAUUUUUGACUUCUUCUUAAAAACCGCUGGGCCAAUUUCAACCAAAGUUUGCACAAAGCAUCCUUAUGUAAAGGGAAUUCUAAAUUGUUAAAAUAAAGGGCCAGGCCACCUUCCAAGGGGAGAUAAUCAAGAAAAGGUAAAAAUAGAGUAGGGUCAUUAAAAAAAUCUUCUUCUCAAGAACCACUGGGCCAGAAAAGAUGAAAUUUAUAGAUAAGCUUUAUUAGGUAGUGCAGAUUCUAAAUUGUUAAAAUCCUAGCCCCCGGGGGUUGGAUAGGGCCACAAAAGGGGAUCAAAGUUUUACAUACAAAUAUAUAGGAAAAAUCUUCUCAAGAACCACUGAGCCAGAAAAGCUGUGAUUUAUAUGAAAGCUUCCUGAUAUAGUGCAGAUUCAAGUUUGUUAAAAUGAUGGCCCCCGGGGGUUGGAUGGGGCCACAAUAGAGGAUCAAAGUUUUACAUACAAAUAUAUAGGGACAAUCUUUAAAAAUCUUCUUAAGAACCACUGAGCCAGAAAAGCUGAUAUUUACAUGAAAGCUUCCUAACAUAGUGCAGAGUUAAGUUUGUUCAAAUCAUGGCCCCCUGGGGUAGGAUGGGGCCACAAUAGGGGAUCAAAGUUUUACAUACAAAUAUAUAGGGAAAAUAUUCUCGAGAACCACUGAGCCAGAAAAGCUGAUAUUUACAUGAAAGCUUUCUGACAUAGUGCAGAUUCAAGUUUGUUCAAAUCAUGGCCCCUGGGGGUAGGAUGGAGCCACAAGGGGGAAUCAAAGUUUUACAUAUAAACAUAGGAAAAAUCUUGAAAAAUCUUCUUCUCAAGAACCAUUUGGCCAAAGAAGUUCACAUUUGCAUGAAAGCUUUCUGACAUAGUGUAGAUUCAAGUUUGCAAAAAUCACAGCCUCCAGGGGUAUGUUGGGGCCAUAAUGGGGACUACGGUUUUACAUGCAAAUAUAUAUGGAAAGUCUUCUGAUAUGGACCAAGGUGACUCAGGUGAGCGAUGUGGCCCAUGGGCCUUUUGUCUUUAGAUAUGUAAUUGUGAUGGUCAGUGUCUUAUAUUGUGAAAUAUAUUUGAUGUACAUGUAGAUAUGCAAUAUUAUUUUAUGAAAUCGUGACAUUUCACAAAAUGUGGAUGAAUUUUUCCAAUUAUUUGAAAAGUAAAAUUAUUAUAGAUAAUCAUUAAUUGUGUUAUAAAUGGCAAUUACCGAAUCAAAUUGGCAUUAAUAUUUUUAAGAACUUCUCGGAGAAGAUGAAGUAAAUAUAUUACCUUUGCAUUUCAAUGUAUAUUCUGCGAGUGUAAUGUUUAGCAGGUGAAAUCUCGCACAUCUGAAUGUUGACAGGGUAGACCAUACACAUAAUCAAUAUUUUAAAAAUAAGUUCGGUUAUCAUUAAUAUCGGUAUUUGUUGGCCGAAUCAAUUUUUUAAUUCUCUUGAAGUUAUCUCCCAUGAUGUGACUUUUUCACCAAGGGAGUACAUGACAGUUCCUUUUGUUAGAAGUGGUUUGAGACAACAAUGCAAUGUCCUUCUCUGUUGAAUUACUUAGUGUACAUGGUUGAUUGUGUAACAGUAAGUUAUGCUGCUCCUUGUUAAUAUUUGUUGUUAUACAACGGAAACGUGUAAUUUUUAACUAAUGAUAGAGUCCAUGUAUAUAUGUUUUAUGUAGAAUGCAUUCUAACUACAUGUAGCUUUCAUAUGCUUAUAUAUUUUAAAUUUCAGUAUUUCAUGUGCAAUUGUGCUUUUAAAAAUCCAAAUUUGUAUAUGAUAAUUUUCAGUUAUUUGUGCUGGGAAAAAAAUCAUGUCAGUUUUACAUUUGUGUUUCGAUAUUGAAAUAGCUGUGCUUUAUGAAAUACUUUUUUCAGCUCAAAAAAAAAAGAGAGAGAGAGAGAGAGAAAAAAAUUAAAACGACACUCUAAACUACCACGUAGUAAUUAUGUAAAUUCAUGUCACAUUACAAGCUUAAUACUGUCAAACUUUGUAUCAAUUACAGAAUAUAUUUUAAGUAGAUCUUAUAUUAUGUGUCACUGUGAAAUAAAAACUUUUAAUUUUU